CUAAAGAAAUAUCUCUUGAAAAGUACGGCUUCAACGUUAUUCAGACCUCUGAUUCCUCUUUUUCAACUUUCACUAAUACUGCGAUUACUCGUCAAGAUUUGCUCACAUACAUCAGUUCUUUUCAAGACACUGUAGCUGCAGUUGCAAGUUCAUUGAAUCAUUUGGAGAAGAAAACUAAGAAAUAUUCUAGUGAUUCAAGUUGUAAAGAUGU